AUGGAUCAGUCGCAGCGCACAGUCGCUGCUGUUCCUUCAUCUUCUCGAUCGUAUCAGUUUCACCCUGCGCGUACUGCAAUCCUUGAUCUCUUCAAUCUCUACUUAGGGAGAGGAAGUCGACAAAAGCCCGACGAGUCCGUCCGAGAAUCCCCGAACAAAUCCCAUAAGCGUGUUCAUGCUCCCAAUAGAGACUUACCCCCUAGAAACGAGCAGUUCAUUUCUGAUUUCGAGCAACUUCAGAGCCAAUUCGGUGAUCCAGAGCAAUUGAGGACGAUCACGGAAUCAGUUUUGAUAUCUCUGGUUGUGCAAAAUAGCAAUCAUGCACCUAGAGCUGAGUUUCUUCUCUUUGCUUUGCGUACAUUGUGUAGAAUCAGUUACAUUAACUGGGAUACUUUUUUACCGUCCAUACUCUCUUCGGUUUCCGCUACCGAGGCGACAAUAAGCCAAGUUGCUCAAGCAGCAACGUCUUCUACUUCUUCACAGUCUUUAGUUCCUAUACCUUCCAAUGCUGUCACUAAUUAUCAUUCCAACAACCAAACCUCACUGCUGCCUUCACCUCAUGGUAUUGGUUCUCCAGCACCUUCAGGAAAUGAACCAGGUUCUGUAAGAUCUUUGGAUGUUGCUGGUAAUGGGAUGCAGAUUGCAAGGGCAGGCCAAACUGUAAGAGAGAAUGCUAUGAAUAGUCAACGCGUAAGAGCUGCUGCUAUAAACAGUCUACGCCAGCUCAGUUGCAAGAUUAUUCUGAUUGGCAUUGAAUAUAAACUCAAACCAGUCACUCAUGCCGAGAUUUUCCAGUGCAUGAUGAAUUGGCUUGUGAACUGGGACAGGAGAGAUCUGGGAACUGAGGAUAUUGCAGGAAAGUCGUGGAGAUCUGAGAAGACUUUAGCUGAAUGGUUACGUAGUUGUUUGGAUGUGAUCUGGUUGUUGGUAGAAGAAGGUGAAUCUCGAAUUCCGUUUUAUGAGUUGUUGCGCAGUGGUCUACAGUUUAUAGAGAAUAUACCUGAUGAUGAAGCCUUGUUCACUCUUAUUAUGGAGAUACACCGAAGGCGAGAUGCGAUGGCCAUGCACAUGCUCAUGUUGGACCAACAUCUUCACUGUCCAACGUUUGGUACCCAUCGUAUAUUGUCCCAAACAACUCCCAAUGUUUCAGUUGAAGCUGUGGCUCACCUUCGCUAUUCACCAAUUACAUACCCAAGUGUGCUUGGGGAACCUUUGUAUGGAGAGGAUCUGGCAAUGUCUAUACCAAAAGGAAGCCUGGAUUGGGAGAGAGCAGUGCGCUGCAUUAGACAUGCUAUUCGCACUACACCGUCACCGGACUGGUGGAAACGUGUCCUUGUUGUGGCCCCCUGUUAUAGACCUUCUUCCCAAUCAGGGCCUAUCCCUGGUGCUGUUUUCACUUCUGACAUGAUUUGUGAGGCAAUCAUUGACAGGAUUGUUGAGCUUCUUAAGCUGUCCAACUCGGAUGCUAAUUGCUGGCAAGAGUGGCUAGUUUUCUCAGAUAUUUUCUUCUUUCUAAUCAAAAGUGGGUGUACUGAUUUUGUUGAUUUCAUUGAUAAGUUGGUCUUACGACUUAAUGGUGUUGAUAACCAUAUUCUUCGAACAAAUCAUGUAACGUGGUUGCUUGCACAAAUAAUACGCGUGGAGCUUGUGAUGACUGCUUUGAACUCUGAUGCUAAAAAGGUGGAAACUACUAGGAAGAUCUUAUCAUUUCACAGGGAAGAUAGAAACUCUGAUCCGAACAAUCCUCAGAGUGUGUUGCUUGACUUCGUAAGCAGUUGUCAGAAUCUACGGAUUUGGUCACUAAGCUCAACAACUAGGGAUUUCCUAAAUAAUGAACAACUGCUGAAGGGAAAACAGAUCGAUGAGUGGUGGAGAAGCAACGGAGAGCGCAUGAUGGAUUAUAUGAAUAUGGAUGAUAAAUCGAUUGGCAUGUUUUGGGUUGUUUCCUACACCAUGGCACAACCGGCAUGUGAAACAGUUAUAAAUUGGUUAUCUUCAGCUGGCAUGGCUGAGUUGCCGGGAUUACAGCCAAACGACAGAGUGAUGAUGAUGCAGGAAGUGACCCCAUUACCGAUGUCAUUGUUAUCUGGCUUUUCAAUGAACUUAUGCUUGAAAUUGGCCCUUCAGAUGGAAGAAGCUUUGUUUGUUAGCCAGGUUGUUCCUAGCAUUGCAAUGGUUGAGACAUACACACGAUUGCUGCUCAUUUCCCCUCACUCAAUGUUCCGUUCGCAUUUCAGUCAAUUGGCCCAGAGAAAUGCUUCUCUGCUAAGCAAGCCUGGGGUGACUUUGCUUGUCCUUGAGAUUCUGAAUUAUCGUUUGCUUCCGCUAUACAGAUACCAAGGAAAGAGCAAAACUUUAAUGUAUGAUGUUACUAAAAUAAUCUCUGCAUUGAAAGGAAAACGUGGUGACCACCGUAUAUUCAGGCUAGCUGAAAACUUAUGCAUGAAUCUCAUUUUAUCACUCAGAGACUUCUUUUCUGUGAAACGAGAGGGAAAAGGGCCAACUGAGUUCACUGAAACAUUAAACCGCAUAACCAUCAUGACUCUUGCUAUCACAAUCAAAACACGUGGUAUCGCAGAUGCUGAUCACCUUGUCUAUCUGCAAACCAUGUUGGAACAAAUACUCGCAACAAGUCAGCAUACGUGGUCAGAGAAGACACUGCGCCAUUUCCCAUCUCUUCUCGGUGACACUUUGUUUGGACGGGUAGACAAGAGGGGCCUAUCAAUUCAAGCGUGGCAACAGGCUGAAACCACUGUGAUAAACCAGUGUACUCAGCUUCUCUCACCAUCUGCUGAACCCGCUUAUGUUAUGACAUACCUCAGUCACAGUUUUUUUCAACACCGUCAGUAUCUAUGUGCUGGUGCUUGUCUACUGAUGCAAGGCCACCCUGAUAACAUCAACAGCGCAAAUCUGGCACGGGUUCUGAGAGAAGUUUCUCCUGAAGAAGUCACUGCUAACAUAUACACUUUGGUAGAUGUUCUACUUCACCACAUUCAUAUAGACCUUCAGCAAGGGCUCUCUUUAAAGGAUACAAUAGCCAAGGUAGAUGCAAAUCUUGCAUUUUUCUUCUUUACACACGAAAUGCUUCCUCUCGACAUUUUUCUUCUGUCGCUCAUUGACCGCGAUGAUGAUCCGUACGCCUUGAGAAUUGCAAUAAACCUACUUCACUCGCCGGACCUUCAACAGAGGAUUAAACUGUACUGCGCAAACCGUGGGCUUCCUGAGCACUGGCUUUUCACGCAGGUGUUCAACCGCAAUGAACUCCAGAAGGCCCUUGGUAACCAUCUUUCUUGGAAGGACAGGUAUCCAACGUUCUUUGAUGAUGUUGCGGCACGUUUGCUUCCAGUUAUGCCUCUAGUGGUGUACAGGCUCAUCGAGAACGAUGCGGUUGAGGCAGCUGAUAAUCUUUUGAGUGUGUACUCUUAUUUUCUGGCUUAUCAUCCUCUCAGAUUCACGUUUGUACGUGACAUACUCGCCUAUUUCUAUGGUCAUCUUCCCCCGAAACUUAUUGUGCGCAUUCUCAAAGUACUUGAUCUCAGCAAGAUUCCAUUCUCAGAAUCAUUCCCGCAGCACCUUAGCUCUGCCAGUCCUGCCAUUCCUGCCAUUCCCGCCGUAUGCCCACCUCUGGAUUACUUCGCCACUUUGCUGCUUAAUCUCGUAAACAACGUUAUACCUCCACUUAGCAGCAGCAGCAACUGCAGCUCGAGGUCUGGCUCAAUGGCAAAUAUCUUAAACAGCUCAGCGAGACCUCCUCAUGGAAAAACUCCAGGAGUAUCUCAACCCGGACCAGCAAACGCCUCUGAGGGCCAGAAAGCAUUCUAUCAGAUCCAGGACCCGGGAACUUACACUCAAUUGGUUCUUGAGACAGCCGUAAUCGAGAUCCUCUCGCUUCCUGUCUCCGCUGCUCAGAUUGUCUCUUCGCUUGUCCAGAUAAUUGUCAACAUACAAUCAACCCUGAUUCAAUCUGGCAAUGGAUUCCAUGGCGCUGCAAAUGGGGUGGGGCAAGGGUCGGUACUGCCUACGUCUCCCUCAGGAGGGAGCACUGACUCCAUGAGCGCUAGCCGGUCCACUAGUGUGAUUCCUGGUAUCAACACGGCUAGCUUCGUCUCUAGAAGCGGUUAUACAUGCCAACAACUGUCGUGUCUGCUGAUCCAAGCUUGUGGACUUUUGCUGGCUCAGCUGCCUCCAGAUUUCCACAUGCAGCUUUACAUGGAGGCGUCACGUGUUAUAAAGGAGACAUGGUGGCUGAAUGACGAUAAGAGAUCAGCGGGUGAACUGGACUCGGCUGUUGGAUAUGCUUUGAUGGAUCCUACAUGGGCUGCUCAGGACAACACCUCCACAGCCAUAGGAAAUAUAGUCGCUUUGCUCCAUGCUUUCUUCAGCAAUCUCCCACAAGAAUGGCUUGAUGGCACGCAUGUCAUCAUCAAGAACCUCCGGCCUGUGACAUCUGUUGCAAUGCUCAGAGUCGCAUUUCGUAUUAUGGGGCCACUGCUCCCGAGGCUCUCCAACACACAUACGCUUUUUAACAAGACGCUAACCCUUCUCUUGAGCACAUUGGUCGAAGUUUUUGGAAAGAACUCUCAGACAACAGUUCCUGUAGAAGCAUCCCAGAUUGCAGAUCUUAUUGAUUUCCUACACCAUGUAGUUCACUACGAGGGACAAGGAGGAGCUGUCCAAGCUAGCAGCAAGCCGAGACCAGACAUCUUGGCGUUAAUCGGAAAAGCAGCAGACUCUCUCCGACCAGAUGUCCAACACCUUCUCUCUCACCUCAAAACCGAUCCCAAUUCAUCCAUAUACGCGGCCGCUCAUCAGAAUACCGCAAAGACCAACACAUCUUAA